CUGAAUCAUCUCUGGGCUGGGAAGGGAAGCUCCACACGCAAAGCCCAGAAAAGAGCAGCACACUGCUGAGAGAACAAUUCAGAGAAGAGAACUGAAGAAGGAAAGCGGACAUGGACCUUAUCCCAGACUUUGCCCUGGAAACCUGGGUUCUCCUGGCUACCAGCCUGGUUCUACUCUAUCUAUAUGACACUCAUUCACAUGGACUUUUCAAGAAGCUGGGAAUUCCUGGGCCCGCACCUCUGCCUAUUGUGGGAAAUGUUCUGUCUUACCGCAAGGGACUUUGGAAAUUUGAUGAAGAAUGUUAUAAAAAGUAUGGGAAAGUGUGGGGGUUGUAUGAUGGUCGACGGCCUGUGUUGGCUAUCACGGAUCCCGACAUGAUCAAAACAGUGCUAGUGAAAGAAUGUCAUUCUGUCUUCACAAACCGGCGGCCUUUUGGUCCAGUGGGAUUUAUGAAAAGUGCCAUCUUUAUAUCUGAAGAUGAGGAAUGGAAGAGAAUACGAGCAUUGCUGUCUCCGACCUUCACCAGCGGAAAACUGAAAGAGAUGUUCCCCAUCAUGAGCCAGUAUGCAGAUGUGUUGGUGAGAAACCUGAAGCAGGAAGCAAAGAAAGGCAAGACCAUCACCUUGAAAGACUUCUUUGGGGCCUACAGCAUGGAUGUGAUCACGGGCACAUCAUUUGGAGUGAACAUUGAUUCCCUCAACAACCCACAAGAUCCUUUUGUGGAAAACACCAGGAAGCUCUUAAAAAUUGAUUUUUUAGAUCCUGUCCUUCUCUCAAUAACACUCUUUCCAUUCCUUACCCCAAUUUUUGAAGCAUUAAAUAUCUCUGUGUUUGCAAAAGACAUUACAAACUUUUUUAAAAACUCUGUAAAAAGGAUGAAAGAAAGUCGCCUCCAAGAUAAACAAAAGCACCGAGUAGAUUUCCUUCAGCUGAUGAUUGACUCCCAGAAUUCGAAAGAAACUGAGUCCCAUAAAGUUCUGUCUGAUCUGGAGAUUGUGGCCCAGUCAAUUAUCUUCAUUUUUGCUGGCUAUGAGACCACUAGCACUGCUCUUUCCUUUGUUAUGUAUGAACUGGCCACUCACCCUGAUGUCCAGCAGAAACUGCACGAGGAGAUUGAUGCAGCUUUGCCUAAUAAGACACCUGCCACCUAUGAUGCCCUGGUACAGAUGGAGUAUCUUGACAUGGUGGUGAAUGAAACUCUCAGAUUAUACCCUGUUGCUGCAAGAAUUGAGAGGGUCUGUAAGAAAGACGUUGAAAUCAAGGGAGUGUUCAUUCCCAAAGGGGUAGUGGUGUUCAUACCAGCUUAUGCCCUUCACCGAGACUCAAAGUACUGGCCAGAGCCUGAGGAGUUCCGUCCUGAAAGGUACAAGGCCCCUGGGAAAGGAAGCCCACUCUGA